AUGGCGAACGGACGCAUAGAGAUCCACGACCCUUUCGCCAACCAGAACGACCUCGGGGCUCCCACCUCGGGAGAAGACGGCCUCCAAAACACGCAGGAGUUCAGGCUCCUGAUGGCGUACACCAAGAGAAGACGGUGUCAAAUAAAUACCCACCGGCUGCUCGUCGAGCAGUUACCGAGCGACUCGCCCGCCAAGAGCAACGAAGAAACGCCGACGAAGACCAAAAAGAGGAAGAAAUGGAAACGACUGCCGAGAAUUUUGAUGUGUAUCAAACCCGAGACGGACAAACGGAGCAAAAUGCCAGAAAUGGAUAUUGUCGAGAGAGGUUUUCGAAGGGAGUCUCCGGUGGAUUUGGACAAGGAGGAGGAAACUGAGGACGUGGACGAGGUGGCGAUCAAGCUGACGGAAAUCGUCGACGACAUCCCUUUCGCACCCCCGGAACUGGAAACCGAUUCUCCCGACGACGAGGACACCAACAUGGAGAAGCUGGUCGGUCUCCUGUUGAGGGAACACGGCGACCGAUUUGACGAGCAGGUGACGAGGGAUCUGAAGGAAACACUGAGCUCCACUCGGGAUUCCUGGAACUACAGUUUCUACGAGAGGUUGAUGAAGACCAUGUUGAAGAGGAUGGGCCUCUUCAACGCCGACCCCGAAGGACCCGGCCCGCAAACGUCGCCCAAGACUCAAAUGGCGGUCGCGUGCGAGGUGACGAGUCGCCUGUCUGCCGUCGACACACUCCCCGCGAACCGCCUGCUGGGCUACGGCGCCACCUACCUGCACAAUCACUUCUCGUCCUGGGCCGAGCAGCAAGGCGGUUAUGAGGCGGCCUUUGAUGAUGAAGACGAUGACGACCACGACGUCCAGUGA